CUUUUAUUCAGUCUCACAGAUGUUCACGGUUCACUUCUCUUUUACUCCAAUCUAACCCACGCCUCCUCCCUGUUUUAUGCAGCCUAACGUUGCCGCUGACUCUGUAUUUGCCUCCCGCUCCCCACCCCAGCAGCAGCAGCAGCAGAGGCUGAAGGCAGAGCCUGGGAAAUCCAGAUAGCUAGCUGGCAAGGAGUAGGAUUAAUUGCAGCGAGUACCUUUAUUUUUGUUUGUAAUCAGAAAGGGAAGGAGUGGAAAAUAAGAGUAGAGAAGUGGGGGCAGAAGAAGAGAACGGAGUGAGUGGGGUAGUCAAUGUAGUAAGAAUCACUUUAAUCAAUAUUAUAAUAAUAAUUAAAAAGAAUAGAAAAGCUGGGGGACGCAUGCGCAUGGCUGGCGAGCCGCCGUCCCUGGGUGAGGAGCCCGCCGCUAACCGAUCCGAUCCAAACAAAGAUUUCCAUCUGUCUCCUGGUACUGAUGGUGAAUUUCCCAUGGGAUCAGAGCGGAUGGAGAUGCGUAAACGGCAGAUGUCAGUACCCCAGGAGACAGCAGACUGUACUACAGGCCAACAUGAAGUGGGGAAUAGAGCAUCUAAUGCCUGUUGCUUUUGUUGGUGCUGCUGUUGUAGCUGCUCAUGUCUUACUGUUAGAAACCAAGAAGAUGAAAGAGCAAGGAGGGCUUCCUAUGAACUUAGAACAGAAGGACUUCCAACCUGUGAAGAAAGCCCCACACCUACUCUGGAAGAAGUGAAUGCCUGGGCUCAAUCAUUUGACAAGUUAAUGGUCACUCCAGCGGGAAGAAAUAUUUUCCGGGAGUUCCUCCGAACAGAAUUCAGUGAAGAAAAUAUGCUAUUUUGGAUGGCCUGUGAAGAACUGAAACAGGAGGUUAACAAAAGUGUUAUAGAAGAAAAGGCAAGGCUGAUUUAUGAAGAUUAUAUUUCCAUUCUUUCUCCUAAAGAGGUUAGCCUGGAUUCCCGAGUAAGAGAAGUCAUCAAUAGGAACAUGCUAGAGCCAUCACAACAUACAUUUGAUGAUGCACAACUUCAAAUUUAUACCUUAAUGCACAGAGACUCAUAUCCUCGAUUUAUGAACUCUGCUCUUUAUAAGGAUCUACUUCAGUCCUUAUCUGAGAAAUCCAUUGAAGCAUAGGAUUUUCAACUGUAUUUAUUAUUAACAUUAACAAAAUCAACAAUAAAUUUGUGAGCCACAUCUAAGGACAAGAGAUUUAGAGAUGAUAGUAUCUUUAUCUGACUUAAUACUCAGGCAUAUUUUAAUAAUGGACAUUGUUUUCUUUGGCAGAGGGCUUUAAAGCCACAAACCAAAAUAUAUUUACCAAUCACCUUUAGUGAAGUUUUGGAGCAAUAUGGAAAAUAUAGUUUGUCCUUUUACAAAGAUAAUAUUUUUAUUCUUAAAAUUAUAGCAGCAUGUUCUCAAAGGUAAAAGCUACCCUUAUAGAAGAUUUCCAUUCUGAUUGAUUUGGUAUAA